AUGUCCGCAUCAUUGCUUCGAUCUUCUGAUCUUCAGCCAACGAUCUUCAGCAGAUGUCAUUUCCCUAUGCAUCUCACAGCUUCCACACGAAAUCUACCAUUCGAAAUCGUUGUACACGAGUACCUCGAUCCAUCUUCACUCGGUGCUGCUGCUGGUUCUUCAACGGUAAUAAUUUCCUGCGUCACAUGCGCUACCCUCACCACUUACAACUUCAUCAACAUCGCGGCUUGGUUGGUGAUCAACUUCCAAAUCCCACUGAUGGAUAAACUGAAAGAAGUCAUUUUGAGUGCAGGUGAAUUCCAAUUGGAUGACAAAGGGUACAUGCGUUUUUAUAAAAGGCAAGAGUACAAACCCUGUCAUCAGAAAGGAUUUGGAGAACUUGAAGAUUUUGAUGGAAGGAUAGAGAAGUUGACUGACGCGGAGACCAUAAAAGUAAUGGCAGUGAAAAACUGCCUAUCCGAUGCAGUGAGAAUUGUCAGACGGGAGGCAUCUGAAGAAUCAAACUGUGAAAAUGUUGAAGGAAAUGGUGCUGAAGACUCUCCGGGUAGUGCUGAAUGUCCAUCACAUAAUUUAUUAAUUUAG